GAAGAGUAUCGUGAUGAUAUCACGCGAUAUAUGCACGAGAUGGAGGUUGAGACCAUGGGGUCGACGACCUCGAUGGACCAGCAACCUGAGAUCAAGUGGCAUAUGCGUCCGUGCCUGGUCGACUUUCUUGUCGAGAUUCACUUUUCCUUCCGCCUCCGGCCAGAGACCCUGUACCUGUGCCUCAACAUUAUCGACCGCUACAUCUCUCGUAGAAUUGUCUUCGUCAAGCACUAUCAGCUGGUUGGCUGCACGGCCCUGUGGCUUGCCUCAAAGUUCGAAGAUGCCAAGGACCGCGUCCCGUCUACGCAGGACCUCGUGGCCAUUUGCCGGGAGACGUACGAGGGAGCGGCAUUCCACCAGAUGGAACGUCACAUUCUCAAUACGAUCCAGUGGACCAUGGGGCAUCCUACAGCCGAGGCGUGGCUAAGGUUGUUGUGUACUGGCUUCGUCAUGGAGGACGCGAAGGUGCAACACGUCGCGCGCUUCUUGAUGGAGAUCACCCUCUUCUACCGGGAGUUCAUACAGUAUCCCUCGUCUGCCAUCGCUCGCGGCGCGCUCUGCCUGUCAAGAUACCUAUGUGGCAAACGCCGUAAUACCGUGGACGAGACAAAGGAGUGCCUCGAAAUCGUAGACCUCCUUGAUACCCGCUUGGCCAAGCACGUCAACGACCUUUCAGAGGUCUUGGUGAAAAAGUAUUCCUACGCCUUUUUCUCGAAAGCGGCGACUUUCGUUGUGCAGUAUUACCUUGAGGGAGGGCGAUUCUCGCAGCAAGAGCCCGAACCAUUGCCU